UACAUCCCCAAAAUAUCCACUUCCGUUGGCCCACAGAUCCACAUCAUAACCAAACCCCUCCCAUAAUUUUGAUCUGAUCAUUUCAAAAUCCGCACCACCUCUUCCAACAUCGCGUAAUCACGCCAAGAAACUCCCGGAAUUUCAAGUUUCCCUCCCAUUUUUCCGUCCAACUGCGCCGAUUUUGAUCAACUGGUCUUCUCUACUCCCUCCAACUGCCGAAUUUUCGUUUCUUUCCCGGCCGUUUUGAUCCGAGAGUCUUCCCCCCCAAAUCCACGAAUCACUCUCUCCAAAGCUGAGAUUUUUCUCGGGUUCUGCUCUUGCUUGGGGGACGCAAAAUCCCUCAAGCUGGCGAAUCCGGCGUGUCCAUGGACCAGCCCGAGAGCUCUGCCUCCCACGCCGCGGCCCAGACGGGGCCGGCCCCACGCCGCCUCGGCCUCGUCGACCGGGAGGAGCUCGUGCGGGUCAUCGCGCAGUCGCUCUACUCCCUUGGUUACCCCAAGGCGGCCGCCGCGCUCGAGGCCGAGUCCGGCGUGCCGCUCUACCCGCCGGAGCACGACCGCCUCCUGCUCGACGUAAUGUCUGGCCGAUGGGACGCGUGCGCUGCGACCAUUGACUCGCUUGCCGGCAUUAGCGAGAGGAACCGGGCGGUUGCCGAGUUCUUGGUGUGGAGAGGGCACUUCUUGGAGUUGCUGGGUACCGGGGACGAUGGCGUGCGUCUCGCAACGGAGGUGCUCUGGCGCCGGAUCGCUCCCCUUGGCAUCAACAGGAAAUGCGUGCACUGGCUGGCGCGCGCAGUGGUCUCGUGUGAGGGGGCGGUUCCGCCGGAGGCUGUUGCUGAAUGGAGGAUCGGGCUUUUCUUGGAUUUGGUUGAGGCAUUGCCGCCAUGGUUCCGAGUGCCAAGCGGGCGGCUUGAGCAUUUGGUGGAGACCGCUGUUAUUCAGCAGGUUGCUUCCUGUAUAUAUCAUAACCUGCCGGAUGAGGUCACUCUGUUUGAGGAUCACAAUUGCCAUGACGAGCAGGUCCCUUCUAGCUGCACGCAGAUAUUGUGUGCUCAUAAAAAUGAAGUUUGGUUUGUAAAGUUCUCAAAUGAUGGAAACUACCUUGCAUCAUCUUCAAGUGAUUGUACGGCCAUCAUAUGGAAGGUUGCAGAAGAUGAUACAUUGACCAAGAAGUACUGCCUAGAGGGUCACAAAAGUCCAAUAUCUUUUGUCGCCUGGAGUCCAAAUGACAGAAUGCUGCUCACUUGUGGUAAUGGGGAAUCUUUAAAAUUGUGGAAUAUGGAUACUGGUGAAUGCAAUCUUAAAUUUGGGGCUUCAGUUGACCACAUCAUCUCUUCGUGUGCAUGGUUUCCGAAUUCAGAGAAAAUAGUAUGUGCGAGCUCUGAACCUGAAAGUUCUCCAAAUAUGAUCUUCACUUGUGACCUAGAAGGUCGAGAACUGGAAAUGUGGGCUGGUGAGAGAAUACCUAAAGUCAGUGAUCUUGCUGUGACACCUGAUGGCCAAAAGCUAAUUUGUGUAUGUCCAAAUGAAAUCUGGAUCCGAGAACUUCGGAAGGGGCGGGAAUGGAAAAUUCCUGAACGGCAGACAAUUUCAUCUCUUUCUCUUUCAGGUGAUGGACAGUCAAUGAUUGUCAACCUUAAUAGCCAGGAAAUUCAUCUGUGGAAAACCAAUGGAAGUUCGAGUGACCCAGAUAAAUUCAAGGGGCACAAGCAAGGAAAAUUUGUUAUUAGAUCUUGCUUUGGGGGAUCAGACUCUCUGUUCAUUGCUAGUGGCAGUGAGGAUUCACAGGAGAGGAACACCGAGAAGGCGCAAAGUAACGAAGCAAACUACAAAGCGGGCAAGCAAGGUCAAAACAAAGCUAAAAGAAGAAUCAGAACAAAAAACAAAACGAAACUAAGCCUGACAGGGUUAGAGUUAGCUGUGAAGGUGUACAUUUGGCAAAGAUGCAUGGAGAUGCCAAUAAAGGUCCUAUAUGGGCACUCAAUGACUGUAAAUUGUGUAAGCUGGAACCCUAAGAGGCCCCAGAUGUUGGCCUCCGCAAGUGAUGAUCGUACAGUUCGAAUAUGGCUAGCGAGCAAAACUCACAGUUUGACUUGAAAAGUUUAUGUAUGUCUCCCUGUAAAUAGUUGUACAUUUGACUGUAUGCACAAACUAGUUCAGGAUCUUUUUCCCUCCUACUUGAGAAUUAAACUUUGAGCAGCCAUAGAUAUACUGGUUGAAGUUUUGCCCGACACAACCCUGUAAAGAACCGCAGUUGCAUCAGACGAGUGUUCUUAUGUCAUGGACUAUGGUUGCGUAAUAUUCGUCAAAUCCGGUCAGUAGUUCCUUUCA